UAAUAAAACGCAAAAAUGUUUUAUUCUCCAAAUAGUGACGCGUCAUUAUCGAUAUUGAUUGGCUUUUAUCUUUCGUGAUGAUGCUUACGAAAAAUCGGCGAUGUGGGAGUCAUUACAGGUUUAAAUGUUUUUCUUUUCAUUUCUCUGCGCUAAUAUCAAGUAGAAAAGGGUAAUCAUCAGUGGCCCACGUCGGUCCACCUGGUCCACACAAGUAUUCGGUCGAACAUUAUUUUUCACACCAUCUUCAUUUUGGGACAAGAUGGAACCCGAACAGUUCCGCAAACUGUUCAUCGGCGGCCUGGACUUCCGCACCACAGACGACUCCCUCAAGAAGCACUUCGAACAGUGGGGCGACAUCGUCGACGUGGUCGUGAUGAAGGACCCCACGACCAAGCGGUCCAGGGGUUUCGGUUUCAUCACCUACUCCAAGGCUCACAUGGUGGACGACGCUCAGGCGGCCCGGCCGCACAGGGUCGACGGCAGAGUGGUCGAGCCGAAAAGGGCCGUGCCGCGACAGGAGAUCGGGCGGCCCGAAUCGGGGGCCACCGUCAAGAAGCUGUUCGUCGGCGGCAUGAAGGAGGACGUCGAGGAGGAGGACCUGAAAGAUCAUUUCGGGAGGUUCGGCAGCAUUUUGUCCUGUACGAUCGUGACGGACAAGGAGACGGGGAAGAAGAGGGGGUUCGCGUUCAUCGAGUUCGAGGACUACGAUUCUGUUGAUAAAAUUGUUUUGCAACGCAGCCACAACAUCAAGGGCAAGCACGUCGACGUCAAAAAAGCUCUAAGCAAAGCGGAAAUGGAACGCGGCGGCGGCGGGCAGGGCGGUCGAGGCGGUGGUCGCGGUGGACCCUCGCAGGGCGGCCGGGGCGGCGGCGGCUACAGCCAAGGCGGCGGCGGUGGAGGCGGAGGCGGCGGAUGGAGCAGCCGUGGGGGCGGCGGAGGCGGACAGAGCGACUGGAGCCAGCCGCAGGCGUCGUCCGGCGGGUACGGGGGUGGGCCGUGGCAGCAGCAGCAACAGCAGCAGCCGUGGGACGGCCAGGCGGGCGGGUCCUGGGGACAGCAGGGAGGUUAUAGUAGCGGUGGUCCUUGGAGCCAAGGCCCCACCACCCCCGACGCCUUCGGCAACAACUACCAGCAAAGCUACGGCGGCGGCGCCGUCAGGAACAACUACCAGCAGCAGCGUCCUGCACCGUACAAUUCUGGAGGCUACGGUGGCGGCGGCGGUUAUCAAAAUGGCGGCAAUCAGGGGGGCCCGAGGAGGUUCUAAAACGUAAGUGCACUGUUACGCUGCUUCUAAAAAAUCCCAGCAGUGCCAAGUGUACCUAGCCCCAUGGGCAUUGAAUGUUUUUUAUCAGAUUAAAUGAAUCCCGCAAAUUUUCACCAAGAUUAUAAUAUGUUUAGUGCAAAAUCAAAGCAGGUCGUCAUUUUUGGGAAAUAAGUGUUGUGAAACAAUAUAGUAUAGGUUAUCACACGUUUAUAGUGGAUUAUAUCGAUAUCAACGUAAGGAAGGGUUAACAUUCAUUCCUUGUAUUAAUUGAUUACAUAUUUUGACUUAGUUUUUGACUUCACGUUAAUUUUAGAUAAUGAUUGUAAUUUGUAUUUAGAAUAAUUUAUUAAAGAUAUGUAUCACAUUUCAGUGUUUUUUGUCGAUAGGAUAGUGAGUACCAAAAGAAUUGCAUAUCUCUAGGUUAGAGAAGUGAAAAAGUCAGCAGUAAAAAACAGACAGCUUGAGGUAGGUUUGCGCAAAUUAAUAAUCAAAAACAGAAAUCUAGAGGAAUCUUGAUUGAUGUCAAGUGGUAUCAUAUUAACGUAGUAACCUUUACCAGAGAUUCCAUGUAAUUUGUGCUUCUGGAACAUUUCAUUUUCGAGGAGGGUUUUGAAUAAUCUUGAAGUGAUGUAGAAAAUUAAUCUAAUUAUUGGCAAAACCUGUCAGUAGGUAACAAAUUUUGUUUGGUCGGUAGUGAUCAUCCCUUAACUGUCUAUUCUUGAUCGGUAAAACUAGCCAACAUAAUUUUAAAUAAACGUUGACCAUCCCUGUGUCAACAUUCAUAUUUAUACAAGGUGUCUGCAAGUCAAGGGAUCAAAGUACUAGAAAAUAAGUUUCAACGAAACUUGAUAGCAAUUUUUUUAUAUCACUAUUAUAUCCCUACGUAGUGAUGACAUACUGAAUGAGGUACAUUCUUCAGUGAAUAAGAUUAAAAGUAGGUACCUAUGAAAACAACAGUUUUAAUAUUAAUCAAAAACUACUAAAACUACUGUAUAAUUUACAUACAGGAGUCAAGAUGUGACCAUCUUGGAAUGACACUGCAAGAACUGCGGGAUUUGAAAAGGGAUUAUUUCAGAUUAUUCAAUCUUGCCUUGGUCAUCAUUGACCUCAAUAUCCAAACAUCCUCUAAAAGAAGAGUUGUUAUGUCGAUCUUUUUUAUUUCUGGAUGAGCAAUUUGUGUGGACAAUUGAAUGGGAUCUUCUGAAACUGGGACACAAUGUUUAUCAUCAAAAUGAGACGACUUAGGUUAUAGUAUUUUCAUUCAGUGGAAAUGCUUUAGGCUACUAGGUUGGUAGGUAGGUAGGUAGGUAAUUUUUUUUAGUUUUCAGCAAGGAGUCAGUAUAAGUGAAUGACAAUUUUAAUCAGGUGCAAACUUCAUUCAGGUCUGAAAAUAGGAUGAUAAAAUAUAUAGGAAGAAGGCAGUUUUGAUUUACUAGUGUAGACAGGAAAAAGCAUAGGACAGUGUAGCUUGAGGUUUAGAGUUCACUAGGUAUGUAUAGUUUGAUUUUUGUUAGGUGAUAUUAUAAGUACCAGGCAAGAAUUGUUUUAUCAUUGUGAUCUGCUUUCGAGAGUAAUUUUUCAAAUAUCGAUAUUUCUUGGUUUCAACGUUAAUUUAUAAAAACUCUUAUGGCCAUUUAGUAAAUGAAAAAAAAAUCAAGCCAUUGUCUCCAGAUAUUCUGUUUGUAUACAGUGGCAUAUUCUUUGUUUUAUUCAAAAUAGAACUUGUUUUACAAUGAUAGAACAGUCACCCUAUACAGGACCUUCACGUUACUUCUGAUCCGCAAUAACUUUUUUGUUUGACAAGAAAAAUGUUUGACAUCUCAGAAAAAAGUUAUGGGCAUCUCUCACAUUUUCGAAAUUCGGAUUUCUCUGUGUACUGAUAUUCAGGUGGGAAUUGAAAAGAAAUCAACAAAACCAGAAUUAAUUGAGGUGUCAAUUAUGGAGAUAUGGCCAAAAGACUAGUUCGAAUUUUAUGCUCAAUGAUUGUAGCAAUGAAUUAUUUGUUUAUUUGGUAAUAUAUUCCUCCUCUGUCUGCCCAUGGACAUACCGAAGCCAAUGUUUGUGUAUUCUUUCAAUAAUACUUGAGAACCAGUUGCCACCAUAGCUCACAUGUGAUUUAAGAUACAAAAAUCAUUUUUGUAAAUGGAACAUUAUGUACACAUUUCCUUAUAGUUUUCUUUGAAUCUAUAUAUUGUUGUGAGGUCUAGCUUUGAUACUUAUUGAACUUAUUGUUCAUCGAAAAUACUCAAAUACCAUUAUUUCAAAACUUUGUUGUUUCAAAAACCGUUAUUGUUAUUAUGUUGUUAUUAAUUUUAUAUGGUAAUAAAAAUAUGUUCUACAUCAUCAUAGUAGCCAUAGUAUAUUAACGCAUUAUUCAAGGUCACGUAUGUCAAAAAGGGUUACAGGUAAAUCAAUCUAGGUAAUCGAAUUCAGAAAGAUGAUCUCUAUGAAAAUAUUGAAAAAUAUAGGGCAUUCCUAUUGGAAAAAUCAUGUUCAUUUCAAUAUCAUGUGACCUUUGACAGCAACUGUUUAUUUUUUCAAAGACAUUUUAGAUUUAACCCUACAAUUCUUCUAUUCUACGUUUUUUGUAUAGCUUUUCCAUCAAAAGAGUUGAAGGGGGAUUCAAAAUGAACUUGAAUACACAGCAUGUUUUGUUCUGGAAAAUUCAAGAGAUGCUAAUAACCU